AUGGCCGAGAAUGGCCCUGGUGGAAAGGCUAAUAUUAAGAAGGAAUCGUUGAAAGAUUUUUUAUAUAAAAGAGAAAAUGGAGAACUACUAAUCCAGAAAUCCCGAAGACUGAAAGAAACUCUUUACAAAAAGGAGCCGCUUUCCAUUUCAAAAGAUGGAUUUAUUCAUUUUGGAGACACAGUUCUAUUCAUGAACCUAGACGUCACUAGACUCCCGGAGGAAAAAGCUUUAAUUAUGGGUGGAAAUCUGUCCCUGGCUGUGAAUCCGGAUAUAUCGACUCUGUAUACGGGCGAUAAUUUGUCAGCUCCGUGUGACUUGAGUGCAAUCAAUCAUGUGAACCCCGUGGGGCGGAAUGCAUUUCGGAUUUUAAG